AUGAAUCACUACAAGCUUGCACAAUGUACACUGCACAAUUCACUCACUUUAUAUAAAUUCCUCCAACAUACUAACGACAAGAAGAAGAAGCGCAAGAGGAAGGAAAGUUAUGCUAUUUACAUUUAUAAAGUGUUGAAGCAAGUACAUCCUGAUACUGGUAUUUCAUCAAAAGCCAUGAGUAUCAUGAACAGUUUUGUAAAUGAUAUUUUUGAGCGUAUCGCUGCCGAAGCAUCGCGUUUAGCUCAUUACAAUAAACGUUCAACUAUCACUAGUCGCGAAAUCCAAACUGCUGUACGUUUACUUUUGCCUGGUGAAUUAGCCAAACAUGCUGUGAGCGAAGGUACCAAAGCUGUCACUAAAUACACAAGUUCCAAGUAAUUUGUUCAAAUGAUUAAAAAAAAAAUAGCAAAAAGGCCCUUUUCA